UAGCCUGAGCUUCCCGCGACGCAGGAGCCAAUCAUGUUGCACCGGGGCGUAUCUUUCCUGGAAACUGCGUGGGACUCCUGAUAACGCCCACAGUUAGCUGAGAUGGGCGCCAACACGCCAGCGACCCUCCAUGAGGACAAGCACGACGGAAAAUGGCUGCCAUGCUAGCUUAUCUUAUUUUAGCUUAGUUUAGCUAGCCGCCAGCAAAGAGACGCCCACGUCGAAGUUCGCAUCGUCGUGGGAAAAUGUGUGCGAAAAUUGUGACGGAAGAGUACGGGGAGGAACUUCGUCGAACAAAAGAGGACAACAAGGGGCAACGUCAACUGCUGCUGGACGCCGUUUUCAAGCUGCCUCAACAUGUGCCACACACAGCAGACGUCAGUCAAGAAGAUCUUCAUCCCGAGCAGCGAAAGCCAGAGUCCCCACACAUUAAAGAAAAAGAACAGGAGGCUGACAUCAACUUUCCAUUGACCGUCGUUUUGAGGAGUGAACCUGAUGACGAAGAAGAAGAAGGUGAUCGAGACCACUGUGGAGGGUCCCAAGCAGGCUGUUUCUUACCUCCACUAUCACGUAGUGAUGACAUAACGUCACACUCUCUUGACUCUGGUGAUGAUGAUGAUGAUGAACACUCGAAAGGUGAUAAGACAUGUCACACUAACAACAAAUGUGUCAAAUGUCCUCAGUGUGACAAAACCUUGGUCAACAAGUCAUCGUUAAAAAGACACACAAGAACACAUACUGGAGAAAAACCCUUUGCUUGCUCAAUUUGUGAUAAAAGAUUCUCGAUAAGGGGACAUUUAAUAAUACACACGAGAACACACUCUGGGGAGAAACCUUUUGCCUGUUCAGUUUGUGAUAAACGAUUCUCAACUAAGGGGCAUUUAACUACACACACAAGAACACACACUGGCGAGAAGAAAUUUGCUUGCUCAGUGUGUGAGCUCAGAGUAAAUCAAAAGAUUCAUUUAAUAACUCACAUGAGAACACACACAGGUGAGAAACCUUUCGCCUGUUCACUUUGUGACAAAAGAUUCUCUGUAAAGGGAAGUUUAAUUAGGCACACGAGAACGCACACUGGUGAGAAACCUUUUGCCUGCUCAGCCUGCGCCGCAUGUUUCGGUGAUCGUACGGGAUUGGUUCAACACAUGGUAACACACACCAGGGAGAAGAAACAUUUAGCAUGCUCAGUAUGUGGUCUGAGAUUCACUCAAAAGAUUAGUUUAACAAAUCACAUGAGUAUGCACAAUGGACACAAACCUUUUGGCUGUACAGUUUGUGAUAAAAGAUUCUCUAGAAAGGGGGAUUUAAGAACACACACAAAAAUACACACGGGCGAGAAAUCUUUUGUUUGCACAGAAUGUGGUCUUGGAUUCACUCAAAAGAUUAGUUUAACGAACCACAAGAGAACACACACUGGAGAAAAACCUUUUGCUUGCAAAUUUUGUGGGAAAGCAUUCUCUGCAAAGGAUCAUUUGAAAAUACACACAAGAAACCACACCGGAGAAAAGCCUUUUGCUUGUUCGGUUUGCGGUAAGAGAUUCUCUAGUAAUGGACAUUUAAGAGCACACACCAGAACGCACACUGGUGAGAAGCCUUUUGCCUGCGCGUUCUGUACCUUAGCGUUCAGUGAUCGUUCACGAUUGAACCAACACGUGAGAAUACACACUGGAGAGAGAGAGUUUUCAUGCUCUGUUUGUGGCAAAAGGUUCACGGGAAGAGCUACUUUGAUAGCGCACACAAGAACACACACUGGUGAGAAACCAUUCAGUUGCGCUGUGUGCGAUAAACAGUUCCCUCAUAAGUAUCAGGUUAAGAAACACAAGUGUGCUGGUGAGAAGAUCAGCGGUCAAUGAAGCUAUCAUUGAAUGUUAUUGAAAUUAUGUUUGUAUUGAAGGACGAAAUUUACCGCUGCAGUUUUUACUUUUACUUUAAUAUCCUGUCCUGUGUUGAAUUGUUGUUCAAUAAAGAUUGAAAAAAAAAAAGUAAGCGCACAGUUCUUUGAUGUACAAUUUCAAAUUGAAAGUGUAAAAGCGUAGUUUCUGACUAAAUGACAUUUGAAAUUCCAGCUUGAUGGAUUAAUGGUGAUUUAUGUACUUUGAUAACAGGACCAACAUUCACGUAGUUGACCUUGAAUUGAAUCAAAAAAAAAAAGAAAUGCAACAGGAGCCAGUGGCCUGUCAUGACUUUUUCUCCCAAAGAUAUGAUCUUGAAAAUGGAAGAAAGAUUUUCAGAAUUUUUGUAGCAAUAUUCUGCUUUGAGUUGAAUACAGAAUUCAAAGAGGUUUGAAGUUGUCUCAAACAUGGAUCUGUGGUCACCGUCAUUUGUAUCCUCAAGCAAUUGUUCCUCAGGUUAAAAAUGUCCCACAGGUAAGCCAGUUUCAAGACCCAAUCUGUCUUGCUGAAAAAAACAGCACCUGUUUAAGUACAAGAAAACUACUUUGGACUGAUUCCCAUUUUGUUCUUCUCUUACAGCCGCAACGUGUUGAGAGUUCAGCUGCUGCCAGCCACCGUAGAGAUUUAGAGCCAUGAGAUAUUUGUUUGACACUUUGAUCAAUAAAGUUUCAUUUCCUACUUUGUUGUCAGUGUCUGCUUUGGGGGCCGACUCCUGCCACCAACGUGACAUUGGCUUCACUGUGAAUGCC